UUUGAACUAAGAUUGAGUGAAACUUUUUGGAGUUUCAAUCACUAUUUGUGCCCCGUCGAUAAGAUUCAAUCACACAAUUAAAACAAUAACCGCAAAACCAUAAGUGCAAUUGUAUCAAAAUAAAGUGUAGUUGCAGGUUUCUCGUAUUCAGAUACACAUCCACGGUUACUCUUUCACAAUAUGGGACGGUGGCAAUUUCUUUAGAAACAGAUGCAAUUUCCGACAAAAUUAAGGACUUGCUGUAAAAAUUGCCAUGUUCGCUUCGAGAAAUUGUCAUGCACUGCACAAUAUAAUUGCCGUGAAAAUGUUCAUUUUGCCAUCCUCUCCCAGUGAACUUUCAUUGAAUAACAUUACCCAAAUGUAUAACUAUUUAUUUCUUCCUCUUCUCCAUGUCGAAGAAGAGAUGCAGAGGAACAAGGCCCCUUCUCUAGUCUAGUGCCUUCUCAAUCAAAAAGGAAAAAAAAUAGGUAAGCCUUCUCAAACUAGUAUAAGUGCAUGUGAUAGAGUAGUAGUACAAUACAGACAGAAAAGUAGUAUACACUACAGAAGUCGAAGCCAACAAGAAAAGUGAGAUAAUGAAGCUCAUCUGCGACUUCCCGUCGCCAAAGUCCCUGCCGGACAAGUACGUGUUGCCGCCGGAGAAACGCCCUUGCAACCACGAGCUACAAGGCGACCUCUCAGUCGCUCUCCCCGUCAUCGACCUCCAAGGAGCUCUUGGAGAUGGCCGGCGACAGGUCAUUGGCGAGAUAAUGGAGGCCGGCAAGGAGUUUGGCUUCUUCCAGGCGGUGAACCACGGUGUGGGGGAAGACGUGAUCCAGGGCUUCCGGGAAGCGGCGGCAGAGUUCUUCAGGAUGCCGGCGGAGGCAAAACUCAAGCACUACUCCAACGAGCACAACAAGCAUUGCCGGGUCUUCUCCGGCUCCGUCACGUCCCACACUGACACCAACGACAUCCGCUACUGGCGCGACUGUCUCAAGCUCCGGUGCUACCCGGUCGACAAGCUGAUGCACCAUUGGCCAUCACAGCCAGAAACAUUUCGGGAGCGUCUUGCCAAGUACGCCGUGGCAGUGCAAGAGCUGGCACAAAGGCUCCUGCGACUCAUCGCGGAGGGGCUCGGCUUGGACAGUCGAUUCUUCGAGGGCGACCUCACCGGCGGGGAGACGAUGAUGAACGUGAACUACUACCCGCGAUGCCCCGACCCGAGCCUCACGCUGGGCAUCCGGCCGCAUUCGGACCGCUACAUCCUCACGGUCCUGUCACAGGGCGACGUCAGUGGUUUACAGGUGAAGCACAAGGGACGCUGGAUCGGUGUCCAACCCAUGCACAACGCGUUUGUUGUCAACUUUGGGCUUCAGCUGGAGAUGGUGACCGACGGGGUGCUCACAAGCGUGGAGCACCGGGUGGUGACCAACUCGGCCAAGGCGAGGAUGUCGGUGGCAACGCUUAUCAGGCCGAAUAUGGGCUCCAGGAUUGGUCCGGCGCCGGUGAUGGUGAAUGGAGAGACCAACCAUCGUCCUAAGUAUAGGGACUUCACGGGGAGCGAGCUCAUCGAGGCGUAUGAGGCCACUGCGGGAAAUAGGGAGGCCCUGCUUGAAAUGUUCAGGAUCCAUCACGCCAAGUAGCUAGACCCAACGCCAAACACACACACACACACACACACACACAUCCUUCGACCAUUGUCUUCUUAAGUUCACAGUGCCGAUAGUCCGUAGUUUAUUACCCCAACAAUAAAUGAUUGUUAAAUCGUGUAUGCUGACCGACAUGUGCAGUCGGUGGUUUUGAUUUUCGAUAUUGUUGUUAUAUUUUGCACUGCAAUAAGGAACAGAGUAAUAUUGGAGCUCUAA